CACACAACGCACACCCCCUUGUAUCCCAUGCCCCUCCAGUAGUAAUAGACUUGAAGAGUAGCACAGGCUGAAAAUAUAAGAUGUGAUGAGUUGCCUCUACUCCAACGUUGUCUAACGUCGUCGACUUGCUCGUUAACCGUCAAGUCAAGCGCCGACGAGGGGUUUUCUCAUAAAAUUUUAAUCAGCUUUGACGCUGGUUUCUCAUUCUUUUUAUUGCUUUCUUUCUGCUUUUACGAGUGUGUGCAAGCCAAAUCAACCAGGGUCGUUUUUUUGUUCAGCAAGCCAAUCUUACGUUGGACUGUAAACGGACGGAUAUCAACUGGCAACCUCCUACCUACCUUCCUCCCUCUACCCCAAGCAAAUUACGGGCAGAUAGGAUAUCAGUACCAAGUACCAUUUGGACCCGGACCCACGGACCCGUUUGCUCCUUCCCCUCGAAGGCGGUUUUUCUACUUCUGCUGCUGGCUCACCACCGACUACGCUCUUUUUUUUCACCUUGACAUCAGGGUUGUCUUUUUUUCCUGCUCUCUUGUUUCCUUCCUCCUGCCCCGCCGGCGGUGAUUUUCUUCUCUUUCGACAACUUCAACUCGACCGCAACUGCAACUGCAACUGCAACCCGCGUAUUUUCCUGCAUUCGAUUCGAAAUCUAUUCCAUCUCAUCACAAUCCGACAUAUCAAAAGAAGCCUACUGGUAGCACUUCAAGCUUUCGCACUUCGUACUGAACGUAUCGAGGUUUUAACAAGGAUCUGCUGUCUAUGGUCAACAUGGGCCUCAAAUCAGUCUUCACCUCGCUCAUUCUGGCCUCUGGCCUUUUGAGCAGCCCGGCUCUUGCGGCCCCGUCUCCUCAGGCGCCCGCUCCUACUCCGGCUGCUCCGGCUGCCGCUGGAGGCUGGUGGCUCGGCAAUCUUCAGCGCCGUGGCGCUGCCGCCUAUGGCGAGCCGGGCUAUCAGGUCUUCCGCAAUGUCCGCGACUUCGGAGCCAAGGGAGACGGAGUCAGCGACGACACGGUUGCCAUCAACACUGCCAUCUCGCAAGGUGGUCGUUGCGGCCAGGGCUGCAACUCUAGCACCACUACACCUGGUCUGGUCUACUUCCCUCCCGGCACUUAUGUCGUCAGCAAGCCCAUCGUCGCCUACUACUACACUCAGAUGAUCGGAGAUGCCCUGAACCCCCCUACACUCAAGGCCGCGGCCAACUUUGAGGGAAUGGCCGUCAUUGACACUGAUCCCUACGAUGAGACUGGCCUUAACUGGUGGGUGAACCAGAACAACUUCUUCCGCUCAACUCGCAACUUUGUCAUCGACCUUACUGGCAUGCCGGCCGACCGUGGUGCGGGCAUCCACUUGCAGGUCGCUCAGACUGCCGGCAUGCAGAACGUCCACUUCAAGAUGCGUACUGAGGAGAACACCAAGCAAAUCGGCAUCUUCAUGGACAAUGGAUCUGGUCUCUUCAUGUCUGACCUCGUCUUUGAGGGCGGCGAGUACGGUGCGUUCUUUGGUAACCAGCAGUUCACUACCCGCAACAUGACCUUCCGCAACUGCAAGACUGCCAUCAUGAUGAACUGGAACUGGGCCUGGACCUUCCAGGACGUCACCAUCGAGAACUGCGGUACUGGCAUCGACAUGUCCAACGGUGACACUUCGCAAACCGUCGGCUCUGUCCUGCUCCUCGACAGCACCAUCAAGAACACCCCCAUCGGCGUCAAGACUGCCUACAACCCAGCCUCCCCGGAGACCAACGGUACCCUCAUCCUCCAGAAUGUUGACAUGACCCAGAAUGUCCCCAUGGCCGUCGCAGAGGGUAAGAGCAAGGCUCAGAUCUUGGCCGGUAACCAGGUCGUCAAGUCUUUUGUGCAGGGACGCAGCUACUCGGACUCCCUUUCUGCCGGCAAAGCUGGCCAGGCUGCCCAAGCUGCUGUCGACCUCCCCGACGUACUCCUCAACAAGGCGACCGGCAAGGUGUUCACCCGCAGCAAGCCUCAGUAUGAGACGGUUCCAGCCGCCAACUUUGUCUCUGUCAAGGCUGCAGGUGCCAAGGGUGACGGAAAGAGCGACGACACUGCCGCAAUCCAAGCCAUCUUUGACAAGGCCACUCCCGAGCAGGUCAUCUUCUUUGACCACGGCGCAUACGUUGUCAGCGACACCAUCAAGGUUCCCAAGAACAUCCGCAUGACUGGAGAGAUCUGGCCCUACAUCAUGGCCACUGGUCCCAAGUUCCAAGAUCAGGCCAACCCCCGUGCUGUCUUCCAAGUCGGUCAGCCUGGCGACGUCGGUGCUGUUGAGAUGAGCGACAUGAUGUUCCAGACUCUUGGUUCUGCGCCCGGUGCAAUCAUGAUCCAGUGGAAUCUCAAGCAGGCUUCUCAGGGUGCUGCUGGCAUGUGGGACGUCCAUGUGCGUAUCGGAGGCUCAAAGGGUACUAAGCUCGAGUAUGACAACUGCAAGAAGCAGCCCAACAAUCCUGGCGCCACCAAAGCCACCAUCGACAACUGCAUGGGCGCCUUCAUGCUUAUGCACGUCACCGAGCAGGCGUCGGUCUACAUGGAGAACAACUGGUUCUGGGUCGCCGAUCACAACCUGGAGCCCUUUGCCAAGACGGACCCUGACCCUUCGCAGCAGAUCAACAUCUUCAACGGCCGCGGUGUCCUGAUUGAGUCCCAGCAGGGCCCCGUUUGGAUGUGGGGAACCUCGAGCGAGCACAACGUCCUCUACAACUACCAAACCGUCAACGCCAGCAAUGUCUACAUGGCUCUCAUCCAAACCGAGACUCCUUACUUCCAAGGUAACCCUGAGGCGAACACACCCUUCAACGUGAAUGCCAACUUCAAGGACCCCGACUUUGCUCAGUCUUGUGCUGGUAAGGGACCUGGCUGCGCUAGGGCUUGGGGUCUGCGGGCUGUCGACUCCAAGGACGUCUUUGUGUACGGUGCCGGACUUUACUCCUUCUUUGAGAACUACGGCCAAUCGUGCCUUGCCACUGCUAGCUGCCAACAGAACAUGCUUUCGCUGGAGCAGUCUCCCAACGUGCGUCUCUUCGGCGUGUCGACCAAGGCGAGCACCAACAUGUUGACCGUCAACGGCAAAUCCAUGGCGCUUGACAAGGACAACCGGAACAACUUCUGCGCCACCCUGGCCCAGUUCUCGUCAAACUUGUCGUAGGCCGACAUUCCUGACGUGGACCGCAACAAGACCGCAAUUAUCCACAAUGGUAACUCGCCCGUGGCAGAUACAGAGCCGGUUUCCACUAUCAACCUUUCGUCCAUGAUCGCUUCGCUUAUGGGCACCAAGACAGCCUCUUCCACGACCUCGGCUCCUACUUCUAUGAGCAUCCCCAUCGUUGUCGUUCCAUCCUUGGGCCUUCCCCCUCUUGUCGCCCCCUCCUUGAGCACCGCUGCACCCGUCAGCAUCAUCUCGACUGAGGCUAGCAUUCGGUCUACCAUUGCUCUCUCCUCCACUUCUGUGUCUGGCACCACCACGAACAUGCCCUUUGAGGCUAUUGCGACUUCUAAUGUUGAAGCUGUGACUCAGCCUGCGGCGAGCACGGUUAUUUCUUCGGUCAUUACCUCGACUCCGGUCAUGAUUUCCACUGUUACUCCCCAAGCCUCGUCGGGUACAACAGUUCUUACGACGUCUACCGACGUCGGUGUUCCUACUGAGGUUGCACCUCAGCCGGUUGCAACUCCGACCGUCUCUUCUGCGGUCAACCUAUCGUUGACCUUGAUUCCUACAGUUCUUCCGACUUUUGCCGACGCUCCUGCUUGUCAGGCUUAGACCGUCAGCUCUAUUUGGUCUUUAUGAAUUUCUUGUGCAUUUUCGAGGUUUAAUCCUUGGCAGUUUGAUAUCCCAGUCUUAGAGGAAGACCGAGACUUGACUUUACUUCUUUUCUUAGUUUCUUCGCUCACAUCACAUCAGAUUGAUGAGCAGGAAACAUAUUUUUGUUUGUGUAAAUAGGUGGUUGAUUGAUCAUGGGAAACACAAGGCGUAUCGGAAGGUCUGUUCAUUCUUGCGGCGGCGACCGCAUUUGACUUUCCCAGACAUUGUUGAGGAGUUUUGCUUCUUUACACAUGCCGGCGACAUGGCGUUUUCAGUCGUCCGAGCAGUUUCUGGUCUCUAAAGAGAUCAUUUUUCACUUCUUUUACCUUGAUAGGGAACAAUAGGGACAGAUCACAUUUCUGGCAUGAUUUGUGCAUCGCAUGAAGUUAGAAACCGAGAAUAUGGGUCAAUAACAUGUCAUUGCCUCAAGGCAGACAUGGGGCCUGGAAUGUGUAGUAGAGAUAUACAGACCAGAAUUGACAAACUUCUUCUCUCA